AUUUUCACGCAUUUGGCAGCAAUCAAUUUACAAGCAAAAAAUUGGCCUCAAAGGGGCCAACGUGAUUGCGAGGGUCGCCUACAGUUAAUCAAAUUGUCGAGUGCGUGAACUUUUUUUGUUCUUAUCUCCGGUUUUCUUAAUUCUUAUACGCCUUCGCACCUAGAUUCUAUUCCACCAAUCACCAUGUUCUUCGAUAUUCGCACCCGGAUUCUAUUCAAUCCAACCUGCUUCUACAAAAUCCAGUCUUCCACUCCCACUGCGUCCCAAUUAAUUACCUGCUUCCCCUCUCUCUAGCUAGUUUCGCGAGAAGUUCGUUUCAUUUUAUUCCAAGCGUAAAUAUUCCUUCUGUCACUUAUAUCUCUUUAGCUUGAGAAGCGGAAGAAUGAGAUCAAGGAAGGGAAAGUACCAAAACAAGUUCGUGCGGUUUCUAACGACACCCAUUAGGAUUCUGGGCAAAGCAAGAGACAUUUACGUGCGACGCAUCACAGACUGCGCCACAGGAGUCAGCUACGGCCAGGCCAUGGGCUGCUCGGCCGCGUUACCGAAGAGUUUCAGUGUCAGCUCGUCGAGGUCUAACGAUGGUGAAGAUUUACGAGAGCUUAUAAGAGCUGCCUCUGUUCGGACUUUGAUCGAGAGGAUUGACAUGGAUGUGAUUCUAAAGCAGCAGGGGGCGGCGAAUCCCACGGGAUCCAAGGGGUUGCCCAAGUGCUCUAGCGUCGGCAUGGGCAAGAUUGAUGAAGACAGGCCCUGUGAUUUUGGUGUUGGGGCGAAGGCGGAUUUGCUGUAUCCAAGAAGCAGAAGCUACGCUGUCACAAAUACAAGCUCUGUGUACUGAUCCCUCCUUACGCAGACAGCAUCUCGUGCGAGGGAUUGCAUGUUUGGGAUUGCAGUAAUUAAGAAUUGCCCCCAUCUUUUGUAAUAUAGGAGGUGAACGAAAUCUAAUUUUUUUUAAUGGAAUCCUUUGUCCUUUUGGAGACUUA